AUGAUGCUUAAACAGUUGAUCCGUCAAUUUUUUUCUAAUAAAUGUCAAUUAACAAGCCUUCGACUCGAUAUUGCUGAUGACAAUUCUCCUGUUAAUAUACAUCAAUGUCUAGUAUUAUCUUCUCAUCCGGUGUCAAAUUCGAUAUCGAGCAGAAUGCAACGUUGCUGUUUGACACUUCGACAUUUAUAUGUUUGUCUUAAAUAUACAUGUUUUCUUGAACAUCUUAUUGAACAUAUACCCAAUAUAGAACGAUUAUCAGUUACUUUUAAGCCACGGAUAGAUUUCGGAUCUCGAUCCAAGUCCAGUAUUGAAAAAUUAAUCAAAUCACAUGGGAACUGGUUUGAAAAGGUUCCAAAAUUGAAUUAUUUUACUUUGAAAACUUUCGCUAAGAAAGAUUUGGAAUUUGCCUAUUUGAAAUGGAUGCUCAACAAUUUAAAUCAUAUAAAAAAAUUCAAUCUCCAUCUUCAAAUUUACAGAAUGUAUUCGUCAUCAGAUAUACUGAUUCGGGAGCAUGUUGUUGAUGCAAAUUUUAUUCGUCAAUAUUGUUUACCUGAUAUCAUAAUCAAUUUAGCAGAUUUUCAAUUUUAUAUUGUUUCUGAAUGUCAAUUAUUAUCAAGUAAUAUCGAACAAAUAAAAAAUUCUUUUCAAGUUCAUCAAUUUUUUAAUGAUCACCAAUGGACAAAUGUAACUUGUUUCUAUGAUUCAUUGAUGUCGUAUCAACAUCUUUCCUCUUCUAAUGUUAAAACACUUCAAUUUAUGAAUGGUUUACAUUUUCAUGCAAGUAUUUUCUCUUGGCCACAUCUGCAAGAUAUUUCGAUUGAUUUACAUCCAUCUCUUUAUUUACUUCUUGAAAAAUUUGAUGAAAUGUAUCCUAAUGUUUCGCAUAUUAAAGUUUAUACAGAAUGCUAUCGAGAUAUGGAUCAGUCUGACUUGGCAGUGUCAUUAAGAGUUCCGUUCGAAAUAGGUCAACGUAAAGUGACUGAUAUUCAACUUCGCAAUGUAACAAGACUUGAUUUAGGAUUUUGUCAAAGUCCUAUGAUUAAAAGUCGUAAUACACCACUUGACAUAAAUAAAGCGCGAGCAAAAAUAUUCGCUCAAUUAAUUUCAAUGCCAAUUCAACUGAAGUAUCUUCUUGUUGAAAAAAUUGAAUGGCUCUAUCAUAUUAUUCAGUAUGCAUCGGAUGAAUUAAAGCAAAAUGCGUUGCGUUCUGUUCGAUGUGCUGAUUUUGGUAUUCCGAGUUGUCAUUACGGUUGUAACGAAUCCAUUCACACCGGGAAAAAUCUUAUGCCGUUUCUUACUACUCAUAUGCCUCAUUUACAAACGUUGCAUCUUUGGCGGCCAGAUGAUUUUCCUUGGACAUCUAUUCGACCAGGUAUUAAACCAGCCUGCUUUAAAUAUGUUAAUGUUUCCCGAUGGAUAGAAUCAUUACAAACAUCGGAGUCGAUUGCUGAACAUACGAAUGUUUUUGAACAAGAUCUUAGUCAAUUAAUUGAACGAUUAAAAGAAUUUGUGUUUCUUGAUAUUCACGGAAAAAUCGAUCCUGGAAAACUCGAGGCAUAUCGUACUAUGGCGGCAACAUGUUUUCCACAGAGUAGAAUCGAGAUCGGAUUAACAAGAUUUCGUCUUUGGAUGUAA